UGUGCUGCCAUGAGCUUACGCCUCGGAAAAUGUCGGACGCAGUCUGGCAAAAAAUGACACAGAUGUCUAAGGCUGUGUCAUAUUUGUAGCAAGCAAUCUAUUAUAAAUACGUGCUUCUCUCCUACUAUAUCUCUAUCAUCACCAGCAACCACACAGUCAAGGAGCAAAGAAAACAUUUAGUAAACAACUACAUAAAGCAUCAAAACCAUUCAAAAAAAAUGAAGACCCAAAUCCUGGCUAUUUUGAGCGUUCUGUUCGCUCUGGCUCCCGCCGUAACCACCACGUCCAAUAGCACUCAGAAUGUGACCGACAUCAUCAACCACAUCCCCCAGUCGCCCAACGGAGUCCUGUUUCUCGGCAACGACGGCGUUUUGAGAUCCGUCGACGCAGCCAACCGGGUGGUCUCCUACCAGCAACUGAGCCCGCAGCAAAUCAGCCAGUACAUCCAAAAUCUGCCACAGCGGGAUGCAGCCCGUCUUCAACGCGUGUUCCAGGGCGUUGACGGCCGCAAAGUUACGGACCUUGACCAGCUGCUCAACCCUGAUUCUGACCAGCUACCGUCCAGGGCGCCCAGCAGCGUGUCCCAGUCACUGCCCACGGGCACCCAAAUGGCAAGCCAGGAUAUGUGCAGAACUGUCGAUUGCACCUCGCAGAACACCUGUCGCCAGAAUGGAUGCAAUAGCUGUCUUCAGGCAUACCAGAUGUCCAAUGGCUACUGCCAUUAGCUAAUUGUUGAGACUGUGGCGUGAGAGUGAUUGUCUUGCCUACAGGUCUUCAAAUGGGUCCUGUUUCGCUUGUUUGCUUGCUUGUUUGUUUGUUUGUAUGCGGGCUUGUAGUGCCUCUUGUCAGUGUUUGUCUGGGUUUGGCCGACACCCGGGUGAUGGCAGUCAGUCUGCGCAAAAAAUUGUGUUUUGAUUCUUUUGUGUCUAGUCUGUCCUUAAUUCAGCUUAUCGAAAC